CAAAUAUACUGUAGCGAAAACAAUAUGGUAUUUUUUUCUUAUAAAUUAUAACUAAAAAUUAAUAAAUAAUACAGGCUUUAGUCACAUUAUUUUUUAUGAUUUUAUAUGGUCAGUGGCAUUAUUAUUAAUAUUAUCUAAAUAAUAUUUUUAGAAGUAAAUUCAUCAUUCAUUUGUACUUUAAUGGGGGAAUUAUAUAAUAUAUGAAAUACUUUUUUUCAAACAGUGGAAAAAGUUCAACAACGCUGGAAAAGUGCGAGAGACGCUAAAAUCAGAUCCAUUGCAUUAAAAAAAAAAUUAAAAUCUGGAUCUGGAAGAAAAAAUGUUAAAACCUACAUGUAUGACCAGCAACUACAAUUUUUGGAAUCUUUAACUCAACCCAAUAUGACGGAAUCUAACUUUAGCCCUAAUCAAAUUUCGGGAAAUUCAGACAACGAAGAAAUCAAUUAUGAAUCGAACGGCGAAGAUGACCCAUUGGAAGACAUUAAUGUUACUUCCGAUAGAGAUCCUUGGGCGAGGAAGAGAAAAAGUACGUCAACACCAAAAAAUCAAAAAAACAAUUUUGAAGAAGAUUUUCUCGCAGCGAUUAGAGAGACUUCGAUAGAAGAUGAGGACAGAUCUUUUUUUGAGUCUCUAUUGCCAACUGUUCGUCAAUUUAAUACGGAUCAAAAACUUCUUUUUCGUUCACGUAUUCUAGCGUUAACAAUGGAAAUAAAAAAUGGUCCCGGCCAGACUCCAAAUUAUCCUCCUAUGUUUCAAAACUCUGUAAACCACAACGACCCUUUUUAUUUUUCACAUCAGCAGCAGUAUUCACAUUUUUUACCAAUAAACUCGCAAAUACAACAAUCUUCUACGUCUAUGCCCGAUACCUCCUGCAACCUAACUUACCCAUCAAAUUCUUAAUUAUUUUUUUAUAAUUCACAUAAUAUAAUGUCUAAACAAUUUAAAGAUUAUUUGUUUAUUUUUAUUGUUCAUUUUGGGUUUACUU